GAACGCAUGCGCAGUAGCCAAAAGCGUUUUGGACAGGGGAGGUCACUCUUCGCGUCGCAAAUUGAUUCCUUCCCUUGCCGGAAGUAUACAUUUCCAGGACAACAAAACCAAACAGCAGGUGCCCGUCGUAGAUGAAAGAUUCAUAAUACAAAAAAGGAAGAGCAAGGAGUACAAAAUGCCACGUCCGAGGUCAGCUGGGUCGGAUAACAUUGAUGAUGACACGGAGGGGUUGGCUGAACAGGAGCUGUUCAAGCUGCAGCGUCAGUACCGGAUCAUGGAAGGCGACCGGGCUGCAUACACAGAGGAGUCCCAGAACAUUAUCCGUAAACAAAAAGGUGAGAUCGGCCAAUUGGAGUCUGAGAAGCAGGAAUUGCUGAAGGAACUGCGUCUAGCGGAGAGUCGCAGUAACCAGGUGAUGGAUGAGGAUCAUACAGACACCCUCGUCACACUGGCUGAUGCUAAAGAGGAUUAUGAUAAAGAGAUCGAAGAUGAGAAGAAGAAAGCCACAGAGCUUGAUGCAAAGAUUCGUGAGUGGGAACGUAAGAUGAAGCAGCAGCAUCGUAACAUGGGUGGAGUGCACAUGAGCUCUCAGCACACCGUACAGACUCAGAAGACACUGCGUACACUGGAGAACAGGCUCGAUCAGUCUAAGCGUAAGUUCAACACGAUCCUGACGGAUAAUGCGCGCAUGAGAGACGAAAUCGAAAGCCUGCGCGUUGAGAGGACGCGCUUUGAUCAACUCUACAAGAAACUGGACAAGGAGCUCACGUCUCUACGCAGACAGAAGGGUCAGUUGAUAGAGGAGUCCACACAGGCUUAUGACUCCAGAGAUGACGCUCAGCAGAAGAUGAUCAUCCUGAAGGAGAAGGCAGACAAGGACUUGCAGCAGCACAACACAGAGAUGAAGGAGCUGCUACGUAUCAUCGACCACGACCGCAACCUGAGGGGAUUCAUGGGAAUUAAGGGGCAGGAGAGGCAGGAGGACCCGCAGCUGGUCAUCUGGAGGCAGAGGAAGGAGGCUAUGGAAGCUGAGCGAAAGAAGGAGAGCCAGGAGGACUCUGUGGAGACGUUUGAGGCAGCGUUUGAGCGCAUCAAGGAGAUGACUGGCCUGGAGGAGCUGGAUGAGCUUGUCAGGAGGUUUAUUGAGGUCGAGGACAAGAACUUUGCCCUGUUUAACUUUGUGAAUGAACAGAAUAAUGAGAUUGAACAACUGAAUGAAGACAUUGAUGAGAUCCGUAAUGAGAUAGAGAAGUUCAAGCUGCAGGGCAUUGAGCUGGAAGAUCAGAGAAAGAAGAUCCUGAAAGAGCUCGAUGAGAAACAGACGUCAUCGUCCAAGGAGGCAGAUGAAUAUGAGAAGAAAUGUACAGAGAUCUCCAAGAUUAUCGACCAGCUUAAACAAGGCAUUGAAUCUUUAUUCGGCAAAAUCAACUGUGACCGGGCAGCCAUUGAUGACAUGCUGGGUGCAGCCCAUGGUGUUACAGACGGCAAUAUGAUACAGUACCUCGGUAUCAUUGAACAGAGAACCAAUGAACUGCUUGCUAUUCAAAACUACGUUGCAUCAAAGGACUUGGACCGAUAUGAGAAGGGCCCCAGCCUGAUUGGUGAAGGUCCCGCUGCACCGGCUCCCAGCCUGCCCAUUAUCCCUCCAUCAGUAGGUGAUGAAUAUGACAGCGAUGGUUCCGAUGGAAGUGAAGAUGACGCCAGACCGAUGACCCGAAACGAGCUCCAGAAACGUGUCAUGAAAACCGUGAAGAAACGGGAAUCUGCAGCACGAAAAGAGGGCUUCCGGUACGAUCUGACCACCACACAGAAAAAAGGGAAGAAAGAUAAAAAAUGAAACCAGAAUUAAAGACAGCUGACAUUUUUGAUGUUUUGAAAUUGUAUUAAUUUCCUUUAUGCCAUUUGCGAUGGUUUCAAAACAUUUGUGCUGUACAUAUAAUUUAGUAGGGUUUUCUUUUUUUGUGUUAGUACAAGAAAUGAGUUGGCCUGAAGUUUGUGAAAAAAAUAAUCAUUUGAAUUCAGAAUAAAACAAUUAUAUUAUUAAAUGUACAUUGUGCACAUUUUAGAUCAUUUUAAUUCAGUACCAUCUGAUACAAAUUUGGUUUGUAUGACACACACUUAAUCUUUACAAAUGUGGAAGUAAUUAUAUUUUAUUAUUGUUAAAUUAUGAGGGCAAUUAAUAUUCAACAUUUAUUUUUAAUUAGUUUACACUGUGUAAAGUAAAAUUGUUGUUUAUGCAGCUUUAACAGCGGAAUUUAUAUUGUUUAAUGCAAAUGAAAUGGGAAAUUUAACAGUAGUAUGCUUUACAUCUAAAAAAAGUACCCUUUUAUUAUCUUUUUAAGAAAAAUGUGUUAUUUAUUGACAAAAAAAUACAGUUAUUUAUUAAAAAUAGGCUUUUGACAAGUUCCAAAUAUUGAGUAAGCAUGACAUCAUCUGAUCAGAUCUACACACUGAGGAGGCUGGCAUGACAUCAUCUGAUCAGAUCUACACACUGAGGAGGCUGGCAUGACAUCAUCUGAUCAGAUCUACACACUGAGGAGGCUGGCAUGACAUCAUCUGAUCAGAUCUACACACUGAGGAGGCUGGAUUCCAAUUUUGACGUUUAUCAACCAAUUUUUAUGCCAAUUUUAAAAAUAUGUUUGAUGCAUUAUUGUUUACUUUUCUGUCUGUGAUACACAUCAUUUAAACCAAUGCAUAUGUUGAUUUUUACUGUUCAAUAAAUUAUAAAUAAAUCCAGACCACUG